AUGGUGGGCUGCGAGAUGCAUUGGACGCAAAAGUUUCCGCUGAUCCAACAUUAUCCUAAUCCAGGAGGGCGCAACCGGAAGCACAAGGUCACAAAACAGCCGUUUGCCCCGGGCGAUGCAGUCGAGGUGAAGGUCGGCAAGAAGUACGUCGACGGCGUAGUGCAGGAGAUGAACAGCCAAACGGUGAAGGUCCUACUGGAGGACGGCCGAGCACUGACAGUCGGCCGAGCUACAAUCCGUCUGCGAGAAGAAUUGGCAGAGGCAGCACGUGAGACCGGCCGACCUUCAGCCGCAGAACGCGUACACCCGUUCAGCGUGCCGGGUACAGCGUCGCAACUGACCUGUACGAAUGACACCAGACACAACGCAAUCAGUUACAAACAGCAGCAGUAA